AUGACAUCGCUGCCCCCGCCGUGGCCACGUUUCGGUCUAGUGGGCCUACGGCAGCGGCAUCUGGUGCUGCAGGUGCUCACAUCGACAUCCCAGGAUAAGCCGUUUUCGUUGGAGCUCGGGUUGACGGAUACUGGCGGCACGCGGCGACGGUUGGUUUUGUCCUCGUCGUUCCGCGCGCUGCACUGCACGCCUCUGCAUGCUCAGAUCCCUCUCGUUGGACUGGAGCGUUACCGGGGGUCUUGGGCGAACUUGACCAUUGACCUGGUGGGGUUGACGGCGGUUUGUUUCAAGGCAGACGAUUUCCGCACCCUGGACCUCCUCGCGAUCGGGCCGACGUGCCGGCUCCGCAAGGUUUUUACGAUGAAGGAAGCGCUUGACGAUUCGUCAGGGGCUGGCGGAGACGACGAUCAAAGCGAACUUAUUUCCGCUGGCGCUUCAGACCAGAAGUGGCGCGGAGUUUUCGUUUCAGCAGCGGCGGGGCGACAGGGCUUCCCCCACCAGCACCCUCCAGCAACAGCGUUCGAUUUCUUCGAGGGGGUCACGCAAUUCGUCUACCCGGCCCAUCGCUACUCCGUCUCCUUUAGCGACGCCCGCGAGGAGAAGGGGCACUGGCACCAUUGUCACUUGCAGCAACUCGCGCACGCCAUCGUCCACCUCCAGCACGCCAAGGCUACCGACUCCCGACAGGGGCAGCGUCAGGGAUGGUUCUUCUGCGCGAUCGGUUGGCAGGAGAGAUGGCGUGACGGUGACGAGGGCGAUCGGGGAAAGCUCUACAACCGUGGGGAAACCCGGCGCGGUACGGGCAAGACGGGAGGCGACCUGUUACCGGCGCGGCUACGGGCGUCCAAAGCAUCCUUGUCCAGCGGCAGGACACGCGAGGUGGACCACACGGAGGUCGCGGAGGACGGCGGCGACAGUGGAGCAGGAGGUGGAGGUGAUGGCCAAAUAGCUCGGGAGCCACCAGCGGAAUGGCGGGUGGCUGGCAACUGGAAUGGGCGGCAAGAAAUGCCGGCGCCAGCAUGGAGCUUGUUCGACGACUCGUCCCCUGACGAUGGUUUUCGAGCUGUGACACCGCAAGCAAAACACACCUACUCCAAACAGCCUGAGGAUAUCCUACCGGUAUCACUCACGACGCGUUGCGGCACUAGCGGCAGCCACGCUACCGCAUCGAUCGCCGAUCACGAAAAUUCUGGUGCGGCUUCCGAGCUUGCUUACCAAGGACUUGGAGGUGGCGUACGGGUGAUUGCAGGCGUCCCUUCCUCUUCUCCACAGCCGUCACCCGAAGUUCCGCCCAAAAUCGAUGUCAGCUGGCUGGAAAGACACAAAAGGGAGGACGGUGGAGCAGUCUCUGCAUCCUCACUGGAGUCGCGCGACAACAGAUCUGCGUCAUCACGCUUCCGCCCGUGGUCCUCCGCGGCCGUUAACGUCUCGGCAGCUACAGCUGAACCCCCCCCCGGCGCCGUCGAUCUACCAAACACCUCUUUUGCCGCUGAUGCGGUCGUCAAGCACAUCGAAGACGGUGACAAGAAAAUGAGGUCGGCGACAAGAGCGAGCCUAUUCGCUUCUCCAUUCUCCCCUCGGGAAGAAACGAGUGCGAUUGCUCGCCGUUCCCCGCUCUCUGCGGGCGACGCAAGUCGUUGCGGCAAGAUGCAAAGGUCGCCGAUGUCUGCACGGGUUGACGUGCUGCAGAAUCUCCUCGCGCCCGGGGCGAUGGGCGGGGAAGAACUAAGGCCACAAAACGAUAGCGGAAAGAAACGCGGCAAGGCUCAGGUUUCGAGAACGGAGACGGAGGCUUUUCCGGACGGCAAAGGUAGUGGUGGCGACAACGGCAGUGGGGAUGCCGACGAUGCCGAUGCGCUCGAACAUUUGUCGGUGCACAGUACCAUCAACGUCGACACCGGGAGCAGUGUCCGUGGCGGCAACGGCAGCCCCGUCACCAACUGUGCGAGCAGCUCGUUCGACGCCAUCGCGAGACCCGCAAAUUGUGGUUCCGAUGCUUGCGUUGUCAGUUCAAGCAGAGACGACCACCGGGAUGAGGGCGGUACCGAUCGCCACCGAACGAUCGCAACAAAAGAAGCCAUUGCAGUCUCGACACAAGUUGCGCGCACACACACUGAUGUGCGUACCGGCCUGUCCGCCUUGGACGGUGGACAUUUACCUGGGGGACAAGCGACUUCCCUGAGCCUCGCCGAAGAGAGCGGGGUAUCGGCGGAAACAAGUCGUAAGGGCACUCGCAGGGGUAAUGUCGGUGAAAGCGAUGACCGCGAGGAGAUCGAAGGGUUUUCUUCCGCGUGCCGAGAAGGUGCCAAGGGGGUGUUGGAGUCCUUCUUCCGUGCGACGAGCAGGGAGAGGGGGCAUGGAGAAAAUACAGAACCGCCGAAGGCCGUGGACCGAUCGGACCUGGAGGAGUUGAAGGGUGGGGGGCGGGAGAAAGACAACGAACUGUACUUCGACCCGGUGCUAAAUUGCUACUAUGAUAGGACGGCGGACAAGUACUACGAGCUGCAUUAAUUACAACCUCGAAGGCUGGAAAUUCUUGGGAGUAAAUGUGAACAGAUGCGUUGGAUAUUGUUCUUACUCAAAGAAGCAGCCUUAGACACUCUUCGUUUGUUCGAGGCUCCGUUUGUUUUCUUCACCGUGGGGAAACCAACGGUGACGUUUAAGUUAUUCUGGGUGGUGGGGUUCUGAUAUCAACACAAGCAGAGUGGACGUCGGUUUCUGAACCACCAAUUUCUUACGCGGGGUCGAGUCUGUAUGCAUGUUCGUUGAGUGCUUUUCACGACCUACUCACCCCUCUGGUGUAAACGUGUCCUCAAAUCUGUUGGAUGGUGAAGGUCGUGGUGGUUUGAAACAGUGGCGAGUGUAAGAAAGCGUCUGUUUGCGAGUUGACAACAUCGACUGUAUCGUUGAAGGAGAUCAGGUCGGUAAAUCAAGUUCGAGUGAGGUGCGCACCUCAGAGGAACUCUGCUGCUGCUGUGGGACCCCAUACCUCGGUUCCU